AUGGGUCCAUAUCAACCUAAGUUAGCAGAGUAUCCAAGGACUGAAUCAGGGAGACAGUAUCGUCGAUUUCAGUACACUUGGUUUGAUCAAUUUCCUUGGCUAGAGUACUCUCCAUCAAAGGAUGCAGUAUUUUGUUUUCCAUGCUUUAUCUUUGAAAACAAAGUGCCUCGUCAUCUCACAUUCACCACCGAAGGCUUUAGAAGUUGGAAGAGGGUUAAUGAUGGGGUUAGAUGUGCACUUUUGAUGCAUGUGGGAAGUCCCACUUCACCACAUAAUAAUGCUGUGAAAUCUGCUGAAGAUUUAAUGAAAGUAAGUAGACAUAUUGAUAAAGUGUUGAAUGCACAAACUGUUGAAGAAGUUCAGAAAAAUCGGUUGAGACUUAUGACAACAAUUGAAAGUGUUCGAUGGCUUAGCUUACAAGCAUGUGCAUUUAGAGGCCAUGAUGAAUCUUCGACUUCUAAUAAUCGAGGUAAUUUUUUGGAGAUGAUAAGACUUAUGGGGAGACUGAAUGUUGACAUUGAUGAUGUUGUCUUAGAAAAAGCUCCGAAAAAUGCAAAGUAUACCUCGCCGACUAUUCAAAAAGAGAUUUUGCAUAUUCUUGCGAACAAAGUGAGGAAAAAGAUUUGUGAAGAAGUUAGAGAUGCAAAGUUUUGUAUUUUGGUUGACGAAGCCAAAGAUGCAUCAAAUAAAGAACAAAUGGCUAUUGUUUUGAGAUUUGUUGACAUUCAGGGUUUUGUACGAGAGCGUUUUUUUAGUAUUGUGCAUGUUUCAGAUACUACUUCUUCAACACUUAAAAAACAAAUUUGUGAUGUGCUCGCUCGAUAUAACUUGCAUAUUUUUAAUAUGCGAGGUCAAGGGUAUGAUGGUGCUAGCAAUAUGCGUGGCGCAUGGAAUGGACUACAAGCUCUAUUUCUCAGAGAUUGUCCUUAUGCAUAUUAUGUACAUUGUUUUGCUCACCGAUUACAACUGGCAUUAGUUGCAGCAGCUGGAAAUGAGAUUUCUAUUUGGUUAUUUUUCUCAAAAUUGACAACCAUUAUCAACCUUAUUUGUGCUUCUCCAAAACGUCAUACCGAGUUACAUUAUGCUCAGGCUAUAGAAAUUGCACAUAUGGUAGCUACUGGAGAACGUGAGACUGGUAGAAGGGCUAAUCAAAUUGGUAAUUUACAUCGAAGUGGAACUACUCGCUGGAGCUCUCAUUUUGAUUCUAUUUGCAGCUUAAUAGAUAUGUAUGGUGUAACUAUUACUGUGCUUGAAAGUAUGGUUCAAGAAGGAUCUUCUAAUUCUAUACGUGGAGAAGCUGGUGGUUGUUUGAUUGUGAUGAAAUCUUUUGAAUUUAUAUUCAUCUUAUAUUUGAUGCAUAAAAUAAUGGGGAUUACUGAUUUACUUUGUCGAGCUUUGCAGCAAAAAUCUCUUGAUAUCUUAAAUGCAAUGGAUCUUGUAUCAACUACUAAAGCAUUGCUUCAAACUUUGAGAGAUGCCGGAUUUGAUCUUCUCCUUGCAAAUGUGCAAUUUGUUUGCACAAAAUAUGAGAUUGACAUACCACAUAUGAAUGCUUCGUACAAAAAGGCUACAGGUCGUUCAUGUCAACAACAAGGUUCAGUGACAGUUUACCAGCAUUAUCAUUAUGAUGUAUUUAACUCAACAAUAGAUUUUCAGUUGGAAGAAUUAAAUUCUAGAUUCAGUGAUGAGACAGUGGAACUCCUUGUACUUAGCUCUGCUUUAGAACCUAAAGACAACUUUAAAUCAUUUAAAGUUGAUGCUAUUUACAAGCUUGCUGAGAAAUUUUAUCCUGAAGAUUUCAAUGAACAAGAGAUGUAUUAUUUGAGAUCUCAGCUAGAGCAUUAUCAGAUUGAUGUGAUUCAUCAUGAGAGCUUUCAGAAUAUGUCUACAAUUUCUGAAUUAUGUCGAGGAUUAGCUGAAACAAAUAAGUCGCAGCACUAUCAUUUGAUUGACAGGUUGAUUCGUCUUGUUUUGACUUUGCCUGUUUCCACUGCCACUACAGAGCGGGCAUUUUCAGCUAUGAAACAUGUUAAAACCGUGCUUCGCAAUAAAAUGAAAGAGGAGUUCUUAGCAGAUUCUAUGAUGAUUUACAUUGAACGAGAGCUUGUUGAAGAUAUUGAUUCGGAUUCGAUCAUAGAUGAAUUCUAUUCUAUAAAACAUCGAAGGGUGCAGCUUUGA